AUGACCGACGUUCAUAGGAUCAGAGUUUUUGAAUAUGUACCAUCUCCAAUUGUAUCAUGUUCUCUUUCCGACGAUACUUUACUUGUCGGUAGAGAGUCCGGAUAUGUCGAAAUUUGGGAUGUUCAGAAUUAUGCGCAUUGCAUGUGCAGUUUUCAAGCGACAACACCACGUGAUAUUCGCGUAGUCCUAUGGACAGAGUUCAAAGAGCAAAAAGCAUUCGCAAUUUGUCUAUUUUCCGGAGAAGUUGUAAUUUAUAAUUAUCCAAGUUUACAAAUUGUAGGGCAAUCACCCAGUUUUGGUGGUGCCAUUUGGGGAGCAGCUACCAGUUCCGACAAAUCUCUCCUUGCAAUUGCUUGCGAUGACGGAGUUGUCCGUGUAUUUAAUACAAAAGACAAUUUAUAUCUUAUACAGACAUCAGAUGCACUCGUUUCUAAAUGUUUAUCAGUUUGCUUUAGCAGCGAUGGAUCUCUUUACGCAGGAGAUUCAACAGGACAAAUCGUACAAAUCAACUUAGAGAGUCGCACAUUCAGUCAUACAUUAAAUGUAGCCGCACGCGAUACAACAUCUUCAGAAGUAUCCGUUUGGGCACUUUGCGCCCUUCCAAACGGUCAAAUCGCUUCAGGAGAUUCAAAUGGUAACGUAAUCAUAUGGAAUACAAUGACAGAUACUGUAGAAACACGCUUUGCAUCCCACCAAGCCGAUGUUUUGACUCUAGCUUCAAAUGGAAGAUUUUUAUACGCUGCAGGCAUUGAUCCGACCGUUGUGACCUUCGAACACGACGAUGGCCAAUGGGUACAACGUAACCAACAAAGAUUCCAUACUCACGACGUUACAUGUAUCGUUGCAAACGAAAAACACGUAAUUUCAGCAGGAAUGGACGCCUGUAUCUGCAGCAAAGACCUUAUACAUCCUUUCCAGGUACCAAUACCCAUUGCCGUGGCCACCAGAGGCGACGAUAUCAUUGCCGUCGGUGGAGAAGGAAAUCGACUUUCAAUUUGGCGCUUAAACGGCGAAGAAGCCUUUUUGGAAGUUAGAUUACAGACCUCCAACCCUGUUGAUGCAGUUGCUAUCUCAUCAGAUGGUAAAAAUGUCGCUUACAGUUCAACAAAUACAAGAUUCUUAGAAUAUGAUGGUACAAACUGGACAUUGAACAAAGAAAAGAAACAUCCAAAGGCAUCAGCAAUUAUUAAUAGAGAAAACGAGUUCAUAAUGGCUACAAUUUCCGGAGAUAUUCUUUCAUCAGACGGAAGUUUCGCUCAUGUUGACUUUCCAGUCUUCAAACUCGCUGUUUGUGAGAAGUAUAUAGUGGCAGGAGGUCUAAAACGCUUAGUUUCCUUUGAAAAAGACUUAAAUGGGAAGUCAACAGAAUUACCAUACUUCGGAUCUCCAUUUUCAGCAAUCAGAUUCAAGCCAAAGACUAACCUCCUCUUCGUAUCUACAUCUAGUACUAAGAUAUUUUCAUAUGACGUCAGUGAAGAGAAGCUUGUUGCAUCAGCGAACAUCAACAUCGGCAAAUUCGGCGAAAUUGUUGCUCCAACAUCUAUUUCGUUCGAUCCAGAUGAUACUAACCGAGUUCUUGUUGUUUCUAGCCAAGUCACUCUUGUUGCAAACUCUAUGAAAGAAAAAGGAAAGUUCCGCCUCCCUUACGAGGACUUCCUUUUCGGAGAUUUCGUCAAAGGUAAGAAACUUGUUGUUUAUGAGAAACCAUGGUCAUUCAUGAUGCAUUCCCUACCUAUGCCAUUCCGAGUCAAGAGAUUCCAAGGCUCAGAAGAGACAAAACGUCCAAGAUACUAA